AGAGAUCACCUCAGGCGCUCGCGGUGCAAUCACAGAGCGCGCUGUCGCCGCUCGAGCUCGCCCUGAGAUCCCUCCGCUCAGCGCCUUCAACACCGUGUCCCGGCACCCCGCACCCGGGCACACAAAAAACGGGUCGCCAGCGAUUCUCAGGGAUUGAUCGCCUCUUCAGCUAAGUUAUCUUCCGGCCCCGUACCACUGUGCCACAGGCGCAGCCCGCUUCCUCAGGUGCCCUAUCCCGCGCAAGAAGACCACGGCUUCACAGAGUGUUAUUUAAGGGGCGUGGCCAGCGGAACAUCCCGCCCCAUUCUGUGACGCACGGGGUGGUGCGCGUGGGACCCGAGGGGUGGGGCUGGGUUUAGUGGGAGACCUGGGGCAAGGCCGCCUGUGGACGACCAUCUGCCAGCUUCUCUCGUUCCGUCGAUUGGGAGGAGCGGUGGCGACCUCGGCCUUCAGUGUUUCCGACGGAGUGAAUGGCGGCGGCGGCUGGGAUGCUGCUGCUGGGCUUGCUGCAGGCGGGUGGGUCGGUGCUGGGCCACGCGAUGGAGAAGGUGACAGGCGGCAACCUCUUGUCCAUGCUGCUGAUCGCCUGCGCCUUCACCCUCAGCCUGGUCUACCUGUUCCGUCUCGCCGCAGGCCACCUGGUCCAGCUGCCCGCAGGGGUGAAAAGUCCUCCAUACAUUUUCUCCCCAAUUCCAUUCCUUGGGCAUGCCAUAGCAUUUGGGAAAAGUCCAGUUGAAUUUCUAGAAAAUGCAUAUGAGAAGUAUGGACCUGUAUUUAGUUUUACCAUGGUAGGCAAGACAUUUACUUACCUUCUGGGGAGUGAUGCUGCUGCACUGCUUUUUAAUAGUAAAAAUGAAGACCUGAAUGCAGAAGAUGUCUACAGUCGCCUGACAACACCUGUGUUUGGGAAGGGAGUUGCAUACGAUGUGCCUAAUCCAGUUUUCUUGGAGCAGAAGAAAAUGUUAAAAAGUGGCCUUAACAUAGCCCACUUUAAACAGCAUGUUUCUAUAAUUGAAAAAGAAACAAAGGAAUACUUUGAGAGUUGGGGAGAAAGUGGAGAAAAAAAUGUGUUUGAAGCUCUUUCUGAGCUCAUAAUUUUAACAGCUAGCCAUUGUUUACAUGGAAAGGAAAUCAGAAGUCAACUCAAUGAAAAGGUAGCACAGCUGUAUGCAGAUUUGGAUGGAGGUUUCAGCCAUGCAGCCUGGCUCUUACCAGGUUGGCUGCCUUUGCCUAGUUUCAGACGCAGGGACAGAGCUCAUCGGGAAAUCAAGGAUAUUUUCUAUAAGGCAAUCCAGAAACGCAGACAGUCUCAAGAAAAAAUUGAUGACAUUCUCCAAACUUUACUAGAUGCUACAUACAAGGAUGGGCGUCCUUUGACUGAUGAUGAAGUAGCAGGGAUGCUUAUUGGAUUACUCUUGGCAGGGCAGCAUACAUCCUCAACUACUAGUGCUUGGAUGGGCUUCUUUUUGGCCAGAGACAAAACACUUCAAGAAAAAUGUUAUUUAGAGCAGAAAACAGUCUGUGGAGAGAAUCUGCCUCCUUUAACUUACGACCAGCUCAAGGAUCUAAAUUUACUUGAUCGCUGUAUAAAAGAAACAUUAAGACUUAGACCUCCUAUAAUGAUCAUGAUGAGAAUGGCCAGAACUCCUCAGACUGUGGCAGGGUAUACCAUUCCUCCAGGACAUCAGGUGUGUGUUUCUCCCACUGUCAAUCAAAGACUUAAAGACUCAUGGGUAGAACGCCUGGACUUUAAUCCUGAUCGCUACUUACAGGAUAACCCAGCAUCAGGGGAAAAGUUUGCCUAUGUGCCAUUUGGAGCUGGGCGUCAUCGUUGUAUUGGGGAAAAUUUUGCCUAUGUUCAAAUUAAGACAAUUUGGUCCACUAUGCUUCGUUUAUAUGAAUUUGAUCUCAUUGAUGGAUACUUUCCCACUGUGAAUUAUACAACUAUGAUUCACACCCCUGAAAACCCAGUUAUCCGUUACAAACGAAGAUCAAAAUGAAAAAGGUUGCAAGGAACUAAUAUAUGUGAUUAUCACUGUAAGCCACAAAGGCAUUCGAAGAGAAUGAAGUGUACAAAACAACUCUUGUAGUUUACUGUUUGAGUGUGUAAUUCUAAAAGCCAGUUUAUGAUUUAGUAUUUUGUUAACUGAAUGGUUCUAUCAAAUACAAUAGCAUUUGAAACAUUUUCUAAUAGUUAUGAUACUUAUACAUGUGCUUUCAGGAAGUUCCUUAGUGAAACAAUUGUUCAGGGGGGAUCUAGGUAAUUGGCAGAUUCUAAAUAAUAUAAUUUUCAGAUAGUAAUUUUAGGAGUACUCAUAGCUCUUGCCAAAUAAGUUCAGGGUAUUCAAAUCUUGGACUAGUCCUGCAAGGUAUAAAGAAUAAAAAUCCCAGUGAGAUACUUGGAAACCACAGUUUUUUAUUUAUCUGGGCAAUUAUUGUGUGUGUGAGGAUGGAAGGGUAGGGAAUAAUUGAACAUCUAAAGCCUUGAAUAAGAGAAUACUAAUUGUUUUGGUAUGAUGAUACUCAGAAAUGGAGAUAUUAUAGGAAAAAGAAAUCCUUUGGAAUUUUAACUAAAAUCACUGCAUAUGGGAAAUUAAGAGAUCCAGGACCAUAUUUGAUAAGAUUUCCUAAAAAUAAUGUAAUUAUUAAUGCUAAAGACUGCUCAUGUAUCUUGAUCUAAUUACUAAAUAAUUACAUAUUUACCUGAUAAAUAUGUAUCUAGUUCUACAAGGUCACAUUUAUGUGGAAGUCCAAAGUCAAGUCCUUAGGGGAUAAUUUUGUUUUGGCUCAGUUGUUCCCUGCUUCCUUUUUUUUUUUUUUUUUUGAGAUGGAGUCUCGCUCUGUCGCCCAGGCUGGAGUGCAGUGGUGCGAUCUCAGCUCACUGCAUCCUCCACCUCCCGGGUUCAAGCAAUUCUCUGCCUCAGCCUCCCAAGUAGUUGGGAUUACAGGCACCUGCCACCAUGCCUGGCUAAUUUUUUGUAUUUUUAGUAGAGACGGGGUUUCACUAUGUUGGCUAGGCUGGUCUUGAACUCCUGACCUCGUGAUCCACCUGCCUUGGCCUCCCAAAGUGCUGGGAUUAUAGGCAUGAGCCACCGCACCUGGCCUUCCCUGCUUCCUCUCUAGAAUCCAAUUAGGGAUGUUUGUUACUACUCAUAUUGAUUAAAACAGUUAACGAACUUUUUUCUUUUUAAAAUGUGAGAUCAGAGAACUCUGGUUUUAAGAUAAUCUGAAACAAGGUCCUUGGGAGUAAUAAAAUUGGUCACAUUCUGUAAAGCACAUUCUGUUUAGGAAUCAACUUAUCUCAAAUUGUAACUCGGGGCCUAACUAUAUGAGAUGGCUGAAAAAAUACCACAUCGUCUGUUUUCACUAGGUGAUGCCAAAAUAUUUUGCUUUAUGUAUAUUACAGUUCUUUUUAAAACAAACACUGGAAGACUCAUGUUAAACUCUAAUUGUGAAGGCAGAAUCUCUGCUAAUUUUUCACAUUAAAAUUCUCUUUGAAAAAAUAAA